AUGUCAAUCUCAGCAAAACCCGAUCUCGCUUUCACAAAAGCAUUGCCCAAAGUCGAGCUUCACGCUCACUUGACAGGCAGUAUCAGUAAACAAUGCCUCCACGACAUCUGGCUAGCGAAGAUAUCCGCCGAUGCUGGUUUGGCACUAGAAGAUCCAUUGAUAGCUAUACCGAGUGUGAAAGACGGAGGUAUUGAUGUUGUCAGUUUCUUCCCGAUUUUCGAUCGGUACAUUUACGCGUUGGUUUGCGAUGAGGAGAGUAUACGUCACGCGACCGCUUCAGUCUUGCAAGAUUUCGCAGACGAUGGGGUUUGUUAUGUAGAGCUCAGGACGACACCGAGAGUGAUAGCAACCGCUGGAAUCAAUAAAGAAGGUUACGUGUCUAUUGUCUUGGACGCCAUGGAUGACUUCGCUGCUUCACAACAGAACAGGCUGGAUGCAGAUGCGACUGGGAAGGAGAAGAAGUUACACGUCAAACUCAUCCUCUCCAUCGAUCGCAAAAAUACGCUACAGGAAGCGAUGGAAGUAGUGGCUUUGGCUGCCAAGUAUCGCGAUCAGGGCAUCGUAGGCAUCGAUCUCUGCGGUAAUCCCACCCGCAAACCUAUUUCUCACCUUUCUCCUGCUUUUGCAGAAGCGAAGAGAUUGGGAUUGGGGAUUACUGUGCAUUUCGCAGAGAUGCCUCAAGAUGGCUCAGAAGAGUUGGAGAUGAUGCUUGAGUGGCAGCCACAGAGGUUGGGUCAUGUGAUUCAUGUGCCGCAAGACGUCAAGACUGUUAUUGCUGAAAGACAGUUGGGCUUGGAGUUGUGUUUGAGUUGUAAUGUGCUUUGUAAGUUGUCUCGAGGUGGCUUUGAAGCUCAUCAUUUUGGGGAGUGGUGGACAGCUGGAGGAAAGAUUGCGUUGUCUACUGAUGAUGUGGGGAUUUUUGAGUCAAGCCUUAGUGAGGAGUAUGCGUUCGUGGCAAAGCAUUUUGGGCUGAAUAGGGAGCAGCUCUGGGAUUUGAGUAGAGGUGCGGUGGAUGUGGUUUUCGGUGAUAGAGAGGAAAAGGAGAGGGUGUGGAGAUUGAUGGAUAAGUUUUGGGAACAGGAAGGUCGUCGGGAGAGAACUUGA